AUGGGUGACCUGGGGAUUGCGCAGCUAAGACUACCGGUAGUUCACGGUCUUUUUCGUGAAGUGUACGCUCGUCGGACAGCCCUUUGCGAGGUUACCGUUCGCAACUUGCUCACAGACAUGGAGACCACCAUUCAGUUUGAUGAGCUUGUUUACAAGAUAGCAGUCUAUAAACUCCUGCUGGCUGUCCAGGUGAGGGACUGCGUCAUCAUAGCAGAGGUUUCCGCGGAGGAUUCCGGCGCUCUGGGGUAUCGCGAAGUCCGCCGCCUUACAGGGUCAUUUGAUUGUUCGCUGAUGCUUUUGACGGCAAAGUCCGUCGUCCUGUGUAGAGGCAACACUCUGAAGCUCCAAGAGUUUGAAGCCGAACGCAACAAGCUUGCAAUCAUAGACGAGGAAAAGGAACUUUGCAUUUACGACCUGCCCAGCAAAACUCGGUCAUAUUCUCAGCAAGACUGUACCUCUCAACAGCUUUGUCAAGGGAUCGUUGUUGGGUUUCUGGGGUCGUACGCAUUUUGCCUGCACUGCCGCGAAAUGCUGACGCUAAAGGUUAAUUACACACCCACCCUAAGGCAGCUUAUGGAAAAAGGAAAACUUGAAAACGCCUACUCGCUUGCGUGUGUGGGCGCAACUCGCGACGACUGGAAACAGGUGGCACUCGAGUGCUUGCGGCGAGGCGACCUUCACCUUUCGCGCAAAUCAUUUCAACAUCAAAGGGACUUCAGGGCUAUAUCUAUGUUGAACCACAUGCAGCUAGAGCUGAAAAUGUUGGGCUUGAGCCAAACACAGCGGCAACAUGUUUGCAAAGCCUAUGCUUACGCCUAUCUCCAGAACUUCACAGCUGCAGCAGACGAGUGGGCCACUGCGGGCCUGCCUCAGCGGGCUUCUGAGAUGUUUGCUGACUUGCGCAAGUGGACGGAAGCAGGGCGCUGGGCUAAAGUCGCUGAGCAGACCCACAAAAUCGUCUCAACCAUAGGGACAACCACGGAAGCGGGUGUAAAGUCGCAUUUGAAGGAAGAGGAGAAACAAGAAGGCAACGAAAAGGGGACCACAAAGCAGCCUGCCAACCCGCCAGAGCAGUGUUUGCAGAUAGAACAGUACAAACUAGACCUGGAAAGAGAAUAUAGAGAAGCUGCAGCCCUAUAUGUCGCAACGGGACAACUACAGCUAGCCUGCCAAGCCCAUGCAAAAAUAGGGGAUACCCACAGCCUAGUCGAACUCAUAAGAAGCUGUAGAACUCGUGAAUUACUAUCAUCAGGCCAGAAGCAAGUACAGGAAAGCUUGAAAGGGCAUCAGCCAGCGCUGGAAAGCGAAAGGAAAUCAUUUAAAGAUUGUGAAGUCUCCGCAGCACUACGCUGCGCUGCUCGUGCUUUAGAAAAAACUAGCCACGUCAACUUUGCGAAGGAGGCCUUGCUGACCCUUGGAGACAAGGUCGGUACCUUAGAGAUUCUCAUACGGGCUGGACGGUGGGAAGAAGCUCUUUCGCGAGCAGGACAAGACCCAGAAAUCCUUCAUCAUGUUCUUGUACCAUGGGGUCACGAGCUAUUCCGUCACGACCAGCCAGAGUUGGCUAUUAGUGCUUUCCGCCGGGCAAGGAGGGAAGAUCUGGCUUUACGGACGGAGAUAGCCCUGCUCGAAGGCGCUGUCUCGCAGAAAUACUAUGGCCAGGCAGCGGGGCGGAGCUGGGCCAUAGCCAAGGCUUUCGCUAAUUUAGCAACUUCCACUGGUGUGAAGGCAUGCGAUGAAGCAAUCGCGGGUCAUCAAUCACCCAGUGGAAAUGCUAUCAAGAAGAUGCCGUUGUGUGUCCGUCGAUUCCUCGUUUGCUACUUCCGGCGUCUCUCUGAGAUCUACGGGGUUUACUUUGUGCUAGUGCGCCAGGCAUCACCUGUGCCACCGAGGGCUGCGAUGCCACCUCAUGCAGUUUUUAGGGCAUGUGCGUUCUUAUGGUCACAUGCUCUGGCGCCUCUGGGGCAGGCCGUUUAUUUCAAGCUUGCUGAGGCAGUGGACGGCAGCAAGCCUGCCACCCUCUCUGGAAGCAUGCAUCCACAGUUGCACGCCAAACGAUCAGAACCCAGUUUGGGGACUCUGCCGAACUGGCGGCUAACCACAUGGUGGGAAGACGCUCAGGGUGCACUUGAAGCUAAUGAAGUGCAGGCGCACCUGCGCCUUUGUGGGAUUCGCGUCCAUCGGCGAGUAAAGGGCAUCCGGUCCUUUCUCGUCUUGCGUCUGAUGGCAGAUGCGGCACUCCAACUGGGUGACUUUCAGACAGCAGCUGCAGCCUGCAAGGAGCUCCGGCGCCUUUCUCUGAAAGGCCGUGAAUACCAGAAAAGAGAGGAGUUGGAGUUGACGGUGAAAGCAGCCCGAGUGUCUGCGUUGCCCGACAGCAAUCUUCGUGACGCUUGCGGAGCCUUGACGAGGGCUGCCUGUGGCUUGUGUGGGGCCAUGGUGCCUCUGUUGACCUCUGAAGCCGUGCCCCUAGGUGCCGACUUGAGCUGCGGAAAUUGCGGAAGCCCGGUUACAAUGGAGUUCGGCACCUUUGCACCAGUAACAGCAAUUGAAUUUUCUAUGUGCGACAUCUCAGGGCCCACACAGGAGCAUUUUGGGAACGUUGUGUCUUCACCUGCUAAAAAGAUAGUUCCAGAUGACCUCUUCUUGGCGGCUGCUCGCGAGGAACUGUUGCAUCAACGUGAAGCGGCACCACACAACAAAAUUCGUUCCUUUGGCCCGCUUAAAUUUGAGCCCCCUUCGCUAAGUCCAGAUGUAUUGCUUCACCAGCCCCCCGAGAAAGUUCUGAAGCGCACAAACAACUACCUCGAGGGCACGUCUGGCUCCCGCACCCUAAGGCUGCUUCGACUGCCUCAAGCCGGAGCUGAGCCAGCAAUAUAUGGUGCUUUCAUUCCAACGGGAGGUGCAAUGCAGUAUCCUGAAACACUGAUGACGUGCGGAGCGUGUUCCCAUCUGUUUAUUCACCCACCAGCGCACAGGCCGCUCUUGAGGAGUGACACGUGCACUUUGUGCUCCACCAAAGGCUCGUUCACACCCAUCAUCCGGUGCCAUGCACUUAAAUUUGAACAGCAGUGA